GCGGCAAACCUCCGAGCCCGGCAGACUGGUUCCCGGCGUGGAUCAGCUGCCGCUUCCAUGGCUUGUGCUGCAAAGAGUCAGAAACCUGCGCGGGAAGCACCCCGCCGCUGCGGCUGUUAAGUGGGGAGACACUUUCACCUCAGUGUCGGGCUCAUUUUCAGCUAGUUUUACACAGACCUGUCAGGACCCGAGUCUUGGUAGUGAGCUCCAAUGGAAUAUUGAACGACUGUGUGGGCUUGAUGGUAACCUCACACCAGCCACACGAUAUUCUCUAUACUAGUAAGCAUCCCCUGUUCAGUCCUGAAAGCAGGUCCUGCUGUUUGUGCACCAUGUGCCCAUUACAACACUGGUGGAUAAUUAUUUGCACUAACCGUUAGGUAUUUCUGGUAUGUGACUGUCUUUGGCAAAUAGAAACAGUUGCUUCCCUUAAUGCUAGAUACUGACCUUAAAUAUUGACUUCUUGUCGUUUCCUUUUCAAGUUUCUCAAAUGACUAAUUUGGCAAAUACACAUAAGAAAUGUCAGUUGACUUUUUAAUAAGUCUGAGUAACCAGAAUUAGAAUGACCAUGGACUUCACUUUCAGAAUCAAAUGCAGAACCCAUUCCUUUUUUCUUUGAGGAAGUUUUUCAUCCACAACCAAUACAAUGUUCAUGUACACAAAGAUAAAGUAGACAUUGCUAGAAACUGAUUAUGAUAUUUCUUCUGCAGGUUGGGAAGAAACAGAUACUAUUUUGAAGUACCAGAGGUGUUCAGAUACUAUAUUGAAGGGCAGCAUAUAGACACGUGGGUAUAUAGUGAGCCGAGACCUUCUACAACCUCUUGUGCUACCUCUUAACAGCUUUAGAUUCUGAACACUGGGUACUACCAGAUUUGAGGUUGCUGUGACAAGUAGCUGGUUGAAAAGUGUGGCAAAAAAUGUCAGUCAGCAUGCAUGAGAACCGCAAAUCUAGAGCCAGCACUGGCUCUAUAAACAUAUAUUUAUUCCACAAAUCGUCAUAUGCUGAUAGUGUUCUUACUCACCUGAACCUUCUACGCCAACAACGGCUCUUUACAGAUGUGCUUCUCCAUGCUGGGAACAGAUCAUUCCCUUGCCACAGAGCUGUUCUAGCUGCAUGUAGUCGCUAUUUUGAAGCAAUGUUCAGUGGAGGACUUAAGGAGAGCCAGGCCAGUGAAGUCAACUUCCAUAAUUCUAUUCAUCCAGAAGUCUUAGAACUUCUGCUGGACUAUGCGUACUCCUCCAGGGUUAUCAUCAAUGAGGAGAAUGCAGAGUCCCUGCUAGAGGCUGGAGACAUGUUAGAAUUCCAGGAUAUCAGAGAUGCUUGCGCAGAGUUUCUGGAGAAGAACCUUCAUCCCACCAACUGUCUUGGCAUGCUUCUGCUGUCAGAUGCUCACCAGUGCACCAAGCUUUAUGAACUCUCUUGGAGGAUGUGUCUUAGCAACUUCCAAACCAUCAGUAAAAGUGAAGAUUUUCUCCAGUUGCCAAAAGACAUGGUUGUGCAGCUCCUUUCCAGUGAAGAACUAGAAACAGAAGAUGAAAGAUUAGUAUAUGAGUCAGCUAUUAACUGGGUUAACUAUGAUCUGAAUAAGCGCCACUGUCAUCUCUCUGAACUAUUGCAAACUGUGAGACUGGCUCUCCUACCAGCCAUUUACCUUAUGGAGAAUGUUGCAAUGGAAGAACUUAUCGCUAAGCAAAGGAAGAGUAAAGAUAUAGUAGAAGAAGCAAUAAGAUGCAAGUUAAAGAUCUUACAGAAUGAUGGUGUAGUAACAAGUUUGUGUGCCAGGCCUCGCAAAACUGGCCAUGCACUGUUUCUUCUUGGGGGCCAAACCUUUAUGUGUGACAAGCUGUAUCUGGUGGACCAAAAAGCAAAGGAGAUCAUUCCAAAGGCUGACAUCCCAAGUCCACGGAAAGAGUUCAGUGCUUGUGCUAUCGGCUGCAAGGUGUAUAUCACUGGGGGCCGGGGAUCAGAAAAUGGAGUCUCCAAAGAUGUUUGGGUGUAUGACACUCUUCAUGAGGAGUGGUCAAAGGCUGCUCCCAUGUUGGUGGCUAGGUUUGGGCAUGGUUCUGCUGAACUCAAACACUGUUUGUAUGUAGUAGGAGGGCACACCGCAGCAACUGGUUGCCUUCCAGCUUCCCCUUCUGUAUCCUUAAAGCAAGUAGAACAGUAUGACCCUGUGACCAACAAAUGGACAAUGGUUGCCCCACUUCGAGAAGGAGUAAGCAACGCGGCUGUAGUUAGUGCAAAGCUUAAGCUAUUUGCAUUUGGUGGCACCAGUGUUAGCCAUGACAAGCUGCCCAAAGUUCAAUGUUAUGAUCAAUGUGAAAACAGAUGGACAGUACCAGCCACCUGUCCCCAGCCCUGGCGCUACACAGCUGCAGCUGUUUUGGGUAACCAGAUUUUUAUUAUGGGUGGAGAUACUGAAUUCUCCGCAUGCUCAGCGUAUAAAUUCAACAGUGAAACAUACCAGUGGACUAAGGUGGGAGAUGUGACAGCUAAACGAAUGAGCUGCCAUGCAGUAGCAUCUGGAAACAAACUGUAUGUAGUUGGAGGUUAUUUUGGAAUUCAAAGAUGCAAAACAUUGGACUGCUAUGAUCCCACAUUAGAUGUAUGGAACAGCAUAACCACAGUGCCCUAUUCGCUUAUUCCCACAGCAUUUGUCAGCACAUGGAAACACCUCCCCUCAUAACUGUAUGUGUUGCUGUUGCAGCUAGUCAGUUUACACCAUUAUUUUGAGAAGAAACUUGGAAUUUCAGCUAUAGAGAAAUGGUUUUAAUGAAGAAAAGUCAUUCAGAGUCUUUUGAAUUUGAAGAAAAAUAUUUGCACCUUGUAAAUUAUCUAACCUGAAUAUGAAGGAAUGGGAAGAAAAAAACCAAACCUCUGUUUGGUGCAUCAGCACGUGGUUUCAAUAUGAGAAUGAACCUAUGAUCUGAUUCCUUGUUCAAGUAGUUAUGGAUUAAUGUCAGAGUUAAUCAGAUCUUCAAAGGGAGAGGGUGAGGAAAAGGAAAACAAUGUACAGAACUUUCCUUAAUUGUGCAACCUACAACUCUCGAUUUUCAUGGACUCCACUGUGAGUGCAUGAAAUUUGAAAUGGUUGUCAUUGCUCACUGUGAUGGUUUGAAGUGUCAGCACCAGCUGCCAGAGAAGCAGGCGGGGUCUGAAACAGUGAGAUGUUGCUGUGAAUGAAGAUACAGCUGUGUCACUGCAGAAUACUUGCUACAGGAAUGAACUUGUUUAUAGGCAGUGUGUGAAGAAUCCAUUAGAUAACCAUGUUGUGUUGUCCUAAAGUUUUUGCAAUAGUGGGGAAUUAAAAAGAACUCAUUUCCCCUAAAUGUUCAAUUUCCCUUUGUCCCUGUAUUUAUAAGUGACUUAAACUGUCCUAUUCCUCUUAUGUUACUUGUAGAUAUAGCUAUUUAUUGUUCAGUGCUUGCAUGCUGAAACAACACCUUCAGUUGUCUUCAUGUUGUAAGGACUUGUGUGUAUUAUUGUAUGUUUUGCACAUUUUGUGGUCUGUUUAGCUCUGCUGCACAAAAAAAAAAAAGAAAGAAAAACUGUUGAGUGAAUAAUAGUUUGAGGUGGGAGGGAAUGAAUGGAUGGCUUCCUCAGUCGGAAAUGGAAGGACUGCAAGGCAGCGUCUUAAAUUACAUACGUGCUAAAGGAAAAAGCCAUGGAGGUCACUUUCUCAGGCCACUAGCUCUUCAGGUUAGAUGUGGUGUAUCCAGUAGAUAGUGUCCUUGUUACAUUUCAUUGGCCUGCUCAUGCCUUUGAAUUUGGAGCUGGCCAAAACCAUUUACAGUUUUCUCUUUAUGCAGACUCUCCAUUAGCUAGAACAGGAGAGGGGAAGGGAUGUGGCCCCCAGCUUGCCUGGACCUGCCCCCUGAGGUUCAUCCCUCUCCACCAGUAUUGAAGAGCCCGCACUUGCGCUCCAAUCCUCCCGACAGUGGGACUGGAGCUCACAAAAUCUACUAGCCUGGGCCCCCCUACGCUCUGGUGUGCGAGAAAUGUUGGGAAUGUGUCUCUGCAGUUGGGGGUCACAUCAGUUAGGGGUUUUCUGCGUGUGUGCGGCACCUUGACUGAUUUUUCUGGGGGUCAGUGGCCCCAACUCAAAAAAGGUUCCUCACCCCUGACCUAGAAGAUGCCUAGUUUCUGUACACAGGGCCCUGAGAAAGGCAUUGGCCAAAAAAUUAUUUAUUUAUUUAUUUGUGUGUGGGUUUAAACAAUGAGACAUUUACCAUAACCACAUUUACCUGAUUGAGUGUAAUGCGGCUAACUCACAAAAUUAAAACAGAUUAGUUCUGAAUUAUGUAAAAAACAAAACACGAAAACCCCUGUGUCUUGCAUUGACAGUUUUGGCUCUUCUCUCUGCAUGGAUGAAGGGGUACUAUAGUGUCAAAGACCCAGGCAUAGCACAGUUGCUGCAAUGAUGAAGCAUAAAAAAAUUGAAAAACUAGAAUCUAAAAAUAAUCAAGUUUUGGUGCAUCUUUUACUUUCACACAGCUUGGUGAGUCUUCAAACAUUUGGUAUAGAGAAAUGUCAAAUAAACCAAAGGAUUAAACAAUUUCAUUUGCUCAGCCUGUUCUGGAGUCAGGUAUGCAUAUACACAUCAUUUUUUAAAAUUUCUGUUUCACAGAUGCUUUUCUUGCCAGAUUUCAUUGUGAAGCAUGUGUUGUAUUUUUCAUAAGUCUUUUGAGCCCAGCUUAAUAAUGAUGUGCUCAACAACAUAGUUAUAGUAUUCCGUUGCAAAGUAUACGUAAAAAGAUUCUUAGUUGCAUGUAUGCAAAAAUGAAAGUUAUAAAAGGUGUUUGCAUUUCUUUCUCUUACGGUGCAAUCACUGUACUUUUUAAAGCUUACCAUUACCAUGAAACAUUAACAGUGCUCACCCUUCAAUUUUUCUCACAAAGGAAGAAUUUUUAAAGGGCGACCCAUGGUUUGACAAGAACAGGACUCCACAGCACAAGUUACUAUUAUAGUGCCACUAAGUUGGGUUGAGCAGUUAAAAAAUAACACAGAAAAGGGGAAUUUAUUUUUAAAUUUCCAUGUGACUUUCAACAAAUGACAUGCUGCUUAGGAAGAGCAUCCUCUCAUAAGCCCAUACUUCUGAGUUGCCCCAAUAAAGAAAAUGGGCUGGAUUCGCCACUUCUUGGUAUGUUGGGUAGUCAGUCAUUCACACUUGAGCAGUAUGGGUAUAAAAUGCUCCCGAAUACAAAUCGUUGCAUAGGUGGCACUGGCUAUACAAGUUACAACAGAAGUGAAGUGCUGGGUCCAACGGAACUGCUCAUUUAGUAACUAAAGGUAUAUCUGCUCAAACCUGUUAAAUGGAGGGAUGUAAUUCGACCUUAAAGCUGCCCCAUACAUUGCUUAUGACAAAAAUCUGUUUUAUAAUACCAUGUCACUUUUGAAAGGAUGAAUUUUCUGCAGCUGUUUUCAAAGAUGUGUAGUGCUUGAUUAAUUCCUGUGUGUAGGCUGAAGGAAAAGAAGUCCGGGUGGGCCUCAGGCGCUGCAGGGAAUAUUCUGAGCUUCUGCUCUUUGAAUUGAUGUGGGAAUUCUGCCUUACUACUUGACCAUUCUAGUCGUGCAAAACAUCCCACACUUUGAAGCAAAUGCAAUUCACAGCAGAGUGCACACAAAAACCUUGGCAUAGGACGGGAAGGUUCCUCUUAUUUUGUGAGCUGGUUGCUGUAGAAACUUACAACAAAGGACAACCUUCCACUUCUGGUAUAAUUGUGUAGACCCUUUUCUCUAGGCCUGACACCUGUCUAAUAAGAGUGAUUAGAGCUGAAUAAUGCCUCUUCCCUGGCUAUUGAAGAUGUGGUUCACAUACUAAAAGAAAAUUACAAGUGAAGAAGGAAAAAUGUCUGUGUUCUGUCACUGUUUGCUACUAUAUGUUAAGGUUUUGUAAAACUGGAUUUUUUUUUCACAAUGUGAAACUUAAGGUCAAUAAAUUAUUAGAGAUUUU